AUGUCCCCAUAUCAGUUGGUGUUUGGAAAAGCCUGUAAUCUUUCGGUGGAAUUAGAGCACAAGACAAUGUGGGCCUUGAAGAAACUAAAUCUUGAUUGGGAUGUAGCCGCUAACUUGCGGGUUGCAAAUUUGAAUGAAUUGAAUGAAUUUCGAUACCAUGAUUACGAGAGUUCCUCCUUAUACAAAGAAAAGAUGAAGUACCUUCAUGACAAGUAUAUUUGGAAUAAGGAGUUCAAGGCCGGUGAUCUAUUGUUGUUGUUCAACUCAAGGUUGAGAAUGUUUUCCGAGAAGCCUAAAUCAAAGUGGAGUGGUCCAUUUGAAAUUGUUGGUAUGACACCCUUUGGUGCUUUUGACUUGAAGAACAAGAACAAUAAAAUAUUUUGGGUCAAUGGUUACCGAGUGAAGCAUUAUUUGGGGAAAGUUGGUGAAAUUCACGUGGUGACAGUUCUUUACUUCAAUUGA